UCCGAACAACAUUGCUAACCUGUAGAUUAGGUGGAUGCUACCGAAAACAACCCAACAUGGACGACCUUCUUCUACAUCGCCGUACCAGUUUUUACCGUCGUUAUGUUGAGUGUGUUGAUACUUAAGUUCCGCAAGGGGCUCCGGAGUUUCUUACCCAACCCAGCAAUCCGCACGAAACGCAACCAGAAUAACGGCGGCGACAUAGAGAAUCAGAAGGCCGAACUUCACAGCAUGAGCAUCCCCUUGAUCUCAGCGAUCGAGCAAGAUAUGGUCGCCGUCGUCGAGCAGUAUCUUGUCGAGCGGAGUGACAUCGAUAGAGACAUUCCCGAACGCGGGAAUGCACUACAAUGUGCGUUGAUUGCGGGAAGUUUGGGUGUGACUACCCUUCUUCUGGAAAAGAAAGCGGAUGUCAAUGCAGCGCCAGGACCAUACCGCGGCGGAAGAACCGCCCUCCAAGCAGCAUCGGAAGGACGCCACCUUGAAGUGGUGGAUCGACUCUUGGAGAAGGGGGCCGAUGUCAACGCAGAUCCAGCACGUCAUUCCGGAAGAACCGCCCUACAAGCAGCAUCGGAAGGAGGCCACCUUGAAGUGGUGGAUCGACUCUUGGAGAAGGGGGCUGAUGUCAACGCAGAUCCAGCAGGUCAUUCCGGAAGAACCGCCCUACAAGCAGCAUCGCAAGGAGGCCACCUUGAAGUGGUGGAUCGACUCUUGGAGAAGGGGGCCACUGUCAACGCAGCGCCAGCAAGAUUUUCCGGAAGAACCGCCCUACAAGCAGCAUCGGAAGGAGGCCACCUUGGAGUGGUGGAUCGACUCUUGGAGAAGGGGGCCGAUGUCAACGCAGAUCCAGCACAUGGUUCCGGAAGAACCGCCCUACAAGCAGCAUCGGAAGGAGGCCACCUUGGAGUGGUGGAUCGACUCUUGGAGAAGGGGGCCGAUGUCAACGCAGAUCCAGCAUUUGAUUCCGGAAGAACCGCCCUACAAGCAGCAUCGGAAGCAGGCCACCUUGGAGUGGUGGAUCGACUCUUGGAGAAGGGGGCCACUGUCAACGCAGAUCCAGCAUUUGAUUCCGGAAGAACCGCCCUACAAGCAGCAUCGGAAGGAGGCCACCUUGGAGUGGUGGAUCGACUCUUGGAGAAGGGGGCCACUGUCAACGCAGAUCCAGCAUUUGAUUCCGGAAGAACCGCCCUACAAGCAGCAUCGGAAGCAGGCCACCUUGAAGUGGUGGAUCGACUCUUGGAGGAGGGGGCCACUGUCAACGCAGAUCCAGCAAGUCGUUCCGGAAGAACCGCCCUACAAGCAGCAUCGGAAGGAGGCCACCUUGAAGUGGUGGAUCGACUCUUGGAGAAGGGGGCCGAUGUCAACGCAGAUCCAGCAGAUUGGCACGGAAGAACUGCCCUACAAGCAGCAUCGGAAGGAGGCCACCUUGAAGUGGUGGAUCGACUCUUGGAGAAGGGGGCCACUGUCAACGCAGAUCCAGCAGGUGAUUCCGGAAGAACCGCCCUACAAGCAGCAUCGGAAGGAGGCCACCUUGGAGUGGUGGAUCGACUCUUGGAGAAGGGGGCCGAUGUCAACGCAGAUCCAGCAUAUGAUUACGGAAGAACCGCCCUACAAGCAGCAUCGGAAGGAGGCCACCUUGGAGUGGUGGAUCGACUCUUGGAGGAGGGGGCCACUGUCAACGCAGAUCCAGCAAGUCGUUCCGGAAGAACCGCCCUACAAGCAGCAUCGGAAGGAGGCCACCUUGAAGUGGUGGAUCGACUCUUGGAGAAGGGGGCCGAUGUCAACGCAGAUCCAGCAGGUCAUUCCGGAAGAACCGCCCUCCAAGCAGCAUCGGAAGGAGGCCACCUUGGAGUGGUGGAUCGACUCUUGGCGAUGAGGGCCCGUGUCAACGCAGCACCGGCAGGAUGUAGAGGAAGAACAGCCCUACAAGCAGCAUCGGAAGGAGGCCACCUUGGAGUGGUGGAUCGACUCUUGGAGAAGGGGGCCGAUGUCAACGCAGAUCCAGCAGGUGAUUCCGGAAGAACCGCCCUACAAGCAGCAUCGCAAGGAGGCCACCUUGAAGUGGUGGAUCGACUCUUGGAGAAGGGGGCCGAUGUCAACGCAGCGCCAGCAUAUUGGUACGGAAGAACCGCCCUACAAGCAGCAUCGGAAGGAGGCCACCUUGGAGUGGUGGAUCGACUCUUGGAGAAGGGGGCCGAUGUCAACGCAGCGCCAGAAUCUUAUUCCGGAAGAACCGCCCUACAAACAGCAUCGGAAGGAGGCCACCUUAGAGUUGGGGAACGGCUACGUGCAGCAGGCGCAACUGAAUAAGAUUAUGCAUGUUUCAGAUCGGUUUACGACCGGUUAGCGAGAUAGAGCGGGUGUUGGUAUUCAGGAUCAUCGUGUCCCGUCGAUGGAUGACGUACGACGAUACAUUUGUUUUUUUUUUGUACA